AUGGGGAGUCCUAAGCGUCAAGAAUUGGACAUUGCCAUGAAUAAACGGUCAGUAGUUCGUGCACGUGCAUCACGGGAUGCAUCAUUACGGUCAAUUAAAAAAAUUAAUUCUAUGGGUGAAGAAGCAAAAAUAAAUGUCGAACGUCGCACAUUAUUUGAAGCUCAUUACUUGUCAUUGAAACGGUUUGUUGAUCAAUUUGAGUUAGAACAACAAGCAGUAUUAAAUGAUCUUGUUGAAUUAGAUAAUGUAGUCGAGUUUGAAACUGUUGAUGCUGAAGUCACGGACUCCAUGGAAGAGAUAUGUGCAAACAUUCAACUUAUUGCUACUGGCUUCCAUAAGGCGGUUGUUAAUGUGACUUCAAAUGAUAAUGUUUCUACUGGUGUAAGACAAGCACAUGCAGUUGUGCUUCCAAAAAUUGAUUUGCCAAAAUUUGAUGGCAAUGUACUUGGUUGGGUAUCGUAUCGUGACAUGUUUCAAUCACUAGUUCAUAACAACCCUGAUAUUUCUAAUAUUCAAAAGUAUCAUUUUUUAACUUUAAGCCUGUCCGGUCCAGCACUUACAGUAGUGAAAGCAAUUCCUUUGACGGCUGAUAAUUAUAUCAUAGCUUGGGACGCAUUAAAACAAUCAUUUGAAAAUAAACGACUAUUAGCUUCUGCACAUAUUGAUAAAUUAUUUUCAUUUGUGCCAUUGAAAAAGGAAUCAUUGUCGUCACUGUCUUCGUUUGUUCAUACAUUUACUGAAAAUGUUUCUGCUAUUAAAGCACUUGGUGUCGAGGAUCUGGCUGGUUUUAUUUUGUUUCAUAUUGGUGCUCGGGUAAUUGAUACAGAGACAAGGAGACUAUUCGAAGCAAGUAUCGCACAAGAUUCAGUACCUAACUUGGAUACAUUGUUACAAUUUGUCGCACAUAGAUGCAAAAUUUUAGAAAAUGUUGGAACCUCGGUUGGAAUUAAUGAUAAACAAGAUAGCAUUUUUAAAGGUAGUGGUAAGAAGAACAAAAGUGGGUCCCUUGGCAAAACUUCACUGUCAAUUUCAUCUACAUCUACAACAUCAAAGUGUUUAUUUUGUCAACAUGAACAUCAAAUUUAUCGCUGCUUUGGAUUCAAACGCAAAUCAGUCACGGUACGCUGCAAGUUUGUGAGUGAUCAUAGUUUAUGUUUUAUAUGUUUAAAAUCUGGGCAUAGUGUUGCUUCUUGUACUGCCCCCAGUAGUAUAUAUAUACCAGUCCUGGCGCAGCACCUUUAA